UGUGGAGCAGCUGGAGCAGGAACACAGAUUUUACUGCGGGAUGAAAUCAGGCUGAGAUUAGAGACCAGCAGGAACAUCUGGAAACAUCUGCUGCUCCAAACUUCCUCCGGCUUCAGGGACAACUGUAGAGUUUCUCCCCCAGGAUCAGGAUGGAGCUGAGCGACAGGCUGCUGAUUUGGAGGGAGCUGGCAGAGAGCUGCGGCGUCUCUACUCUGCAGCAGAGCCUUCAGCAGGUCUGGAAGCUGCUCCUCCUCUGCCUCGUCUGCAGAGUCGUCUUAAGGCUCGGUGUUUGGGCGCCGGUGAAGCACGUCGUCUCCAUGCUGACUGGAACGUACGGCCUCUUCCUGUUCCUGGAUCUGCACACGCUGUGGGUUCUGCUGCUCGCCGUCAGCUGCUACCUCAGCCUGCUGCUCUGCAGGCGCUCAGGCAACAAAGGCCUCUUUGUCUCCGCUGUUAUCCUGGUCUACCUCCUCAUCGGAGAGCUGCAUUUCAUUGACAUGGGAACCUGGAAUAAAAUCCGAGGUUCUCAGAUGGUGGUGGCCAUGAAGGUGAUCUCACUGGCCUUUGAUCUGGACAGAGGAACCGUGAACCAGCUGCCGUCUCCUGCUGAGUUCCUCGGUUACGUUUUCUUUGUGGGCAGCGUCGUCUUUGGGCCGUGGAUCAGCCUGUCAGGCUACAGGAACGCUCUCAAUGCAACGAGACUGAACUACGCCUGGCUCCGAGGUUCGGUCCUCAGUCUGCUGAAAGCUCAGCUCUGCCUGCUGGUGUCCACCUGCGUCGCUCCGUAUCUCUUCCCGCUCUUCCUCCCCCUCUAUGGAAACUCAGUCACACAGAAAUGGCUGCGGGCCUACGAGAACGCCGUGUCCUUCCACUUCAGUAAUUACUUCGUGGGUCAUCUGAGUGAAGGCACCAGCAUGUUGGCUGGAGCAGGAUUCACUGAGGAGAAAGACAAAGUCCACUGGGAUAUGAGCGUGGUGAAGCCUCUCAGCGUGGAGAUGCCUCGCUCCAUGGUGCUGGUGGUGGUCUCCUGGAACAUCCCCAUGUCCCAGUGGUUAAAGAGCUAUGUGUUUAAAACCUCCAUGAAGCUGGGGACGUUCCCAGCGAUCCUGGUGACCUACACGGCCAGCGCCCUGCUGCAUGGUCUGAGUUUUCACCUGGGAGCUGUUCUGCUCACGCUGGGAUUCAUCACCUACGUGGAACACGUGCUGAGGAAGAGGAUGGCCUUCAUCCUUAAUGCCUGCAUCCUGUCCAGACCCUGUGCCUCAGACUGCAGCCAUCGACACAAGAAGAAUGUUUGGGUUCUGCUGCUGAACCUGGUUUUCAGCCUGAUGGUGGUCUUCCAUCUCGCCUACUUGGGCUCCAUGUUUGAUCCUGGAUCAGAUGAACAGGAAGUAGAAGAGGGUUACGCGGCCCUCCACACCAUACAGAGAUGGUCUGAACUGAACUGGGCCGGCCACUGGGUCAUUUUCGCUUCUUGGGUUUUCUACCGUUUGAUUCAGUGAAAUGAUGCUGCAACAAUAAAACUGUUUUUCUAAUAAAAUGUUUCCACUGAGA